UGUGUGUACAAUUGCCAUAGCGAUCUACCCAGAAUUCAACUCAACCGGAAGCUGUAAAUUUACGCCCUCUUUUGACAGAAGCAUGUACCCGCCAUUUUUAAGAUAUCGAAAUUCUUGUGUACAGUAUAAGUCUGGUCUCACAAUGUCAGAUGAUGAAGAUGUCCAGGAAUCCAGAAAUGGAAACAAAGAAGUCAUGAAAAUUCUACUUGCCACAGACUGCCAUCUUGGCUACGCAGAGAAAGAUGCAAUACGAGGGAACGAUUCUCUCGUCACAUUUCAGGAAAUCAUGCAAAUCGCUACUGAACAGGAAGUUGAUUUUGUACUUCUAGGUGGGGAUUUAUUCCAUGAAAAUAAACCUAGUCGAAAAACUUUACAUGGCGCGAUGGAAAUUUUACGGAAAUAUUGUAUGGGAGAUAGACCGUGCCAGGUUGAAUUUCUGAGUGAUCAAUCAGCGAAUUUUAAACAGAGUAACUUUCCUGUUGUAAACUAUGAAGACCCCAAUCUGAACAUUAGCAUGCCUGUAUUUUCAAUUCAUGGAAAUCAUGAUGACCCUGCAGGUUUCGGGAACCUGUGUGCUUUGGAUAUGCUACACACAGCUGGUUUGGUGAAUUAUUUUGGCAAAGUCACUUCCUUGGAAGAAAUAGAAAUCAGCCCUUUGCUGUUGCAGAAGGGCAAUAUUAAGGUGUCGAUACAUGGACUUGGUGCUCUAAGAGAUGAACGUUUGCAUAGACUCUUCACGCAUAAAAAAGUCAAGAUGCUACGGCCAAAAGAGGACCAGGAAUCGUGGUUCAACAUGUUUGUGAUUCAUCAGAACCACGCCAAACAUGGCCCAACAAAUUACAUCCCAGAGCAGUUCCUCGAUGACUUCUUAGACUUGAUUUUUUGGGGCCAUGAACAUGAGUGCCUCAUCGAACCCCGUUGGAAUGGUGAACAAAACUUCUAUGUGACACAACCAGGGAGCUCAGUUGCUACAUCUCUAAGUGAAGGAGAAAUGAGGCAAAAACAUGAUGAAGAUCUGACACAAUCCUCUUUAAAUUUAGAUGACCCAGAUAUAAGCAAACAGACUGAGGUUUAUUGCAGUGAAAUUGUUGAUGAACUGUUAGAAAAAGCAGAAAGAGACCACACAGGCAACCCUAAGCAGCCAAAGCAACCUCUGAUACGUCUGAGAGUUUUCUAUAAAGAAGGAGAAGAGACAUUUAGUACACAAAGAUUUGGCCAGAAGUAUGUGGACAGAGUUGCAAAUCCAAAAGACAUCAUUGCAUUUCAUAAAAAGAAAAUUCCAAAUGCUGAUAACAAGGACAAUAUCAAGGAUGAGUUAGAUAUGGGCAAUAUGAGACCAGAGGCUUUGGAGACUGCAACUAUGGAUGAUUUGGUGAAACAGAUCAUGGCAAAUGACAAGAAUGGUGCACUUAAUGUACUAACUGAAAGAGGGAUGGGUGCCGCUGUUCAAGAGUUUGUAGAUAAAGAAAACCGUGAUGCCAUAUCUCUAAUGGUGGAAUGUCAGAUCAAGAAAACAAAAGAACAUUUGAGGAAAAAAGAUGCUAAAGAGGACCAAAUUGAUAAUGAACUUGAGAAAUUUAAGGAAGAGAGACGCAAUAAAGCACAAGAAGCCGAGGAAGUCAAAGAAGCAUUGAGGAUAUCAAGAGAGAAUAAAGCAAAGGAGGGGCUUAAUGACAAUGGUGACAAUGAUGAAGAUGAUGACAACAGUGAUAUAAAUGAAAUACCUGAAGCAGCUAAGAAUACAAGGGGUCGUGGCAGGGGCAGGGGAAGAGGUUCUAGAGGUGGGCGUGGCACUCAAAGUAGCAGAGGUCGUGGGCGGGGCAAGCAGGCAGUAGUAGAAGUGCCAGAUGAGAAGAAAAGCAUGUCUAUCAAAGAUGCAUUCUCUAGUCAAGCCAAGUCAAAGCAGAAGAGUAAUACAGAUGUUAUAUACUGUGACGACUCGGGUGAGGACUCGGAUAAUCCGUUUAAUAAUACAGGGAGAACGUCAGUGUCAUCACGGAGUAAUCAGCCCUUGGGGUCAGGGGAUGCAAAAACCACCCAAAGGAGCAGAACAAAUGGCCAGAGACCCACCCAGAAGAAAAAAGGAUUGACAUUUGAUGAUGAUUCGGAUGAUGAGGAAUUUAUUCCAAAGAGGAAGCGAAAAAAGUGAAAAUCUGUUAUCUUUUAUAUUUCAAGAAAAAACACUACAUAGAACUGUUACAUUUCACGGAUAUAGGGAUUUAAGUAGAAUGGAUAAUUCAGUUAUGCAUAAGGUGGUAAAAAUGAAAACCCUGCAUUUUCC